UUUGGGAGUGGAAGAGUUUAGAACAGUGAGCAUGAUUUGUUAAGUUGAGCGAGAGCAUCAUUUAUUGGCGGGAUUAGUGAGUGACACGUGUGGUGGGUAACCGUAGAAGUUUUGUCGCAAAGGAGUUUGUUUGAAAUUAAAAAGCGGGAUUAGGGUUUCGCACUCAACUCUCCUUCUCUCUUCUCUUCGCCUUCCCCAAAUGGCAAACCCAAAGUGCUUCCUCGACGUCUCCAUCGCCGGCGACCUCGAAGGCAGGAUCUUCGUCGAGCUCUUCCGCGACGUCGUCCCCAAGACAGCAGAGAAUUUCCGCGCCCUCUGCACCGGCGAAAAGGGCCUCUCCGCCACCUCCGCCGUCCCCCUCCACUUCAAGGGCGUCCGCUUCCACCGCGUCAUCAAGGGCUUCAUGAUCCAGGGCGGCGACAUCACCGCCGGCGACGGCACCGGCGGCGAGUCCAUCUACGGCCCCGCCUUCGACGACGAGAGCCUCGACCUGAAGCACGAGCGCAAGGGCAUGCUCUCCAUGGCCAAUGCGGGCCCCAACACCAACUCCUCCCAGUUCUUUAUCACCACCACGCGCACGCCUCACCUCGACGGCAAGCACGUCGUCUUCGGGAGAGUCCUCAAGGGCAUGGGCGUCGUUCGCUCCGUCGAACACGUCGUUACGGGAGAUAACGACCGUCCUAUUCAAGACGUCCUCGUUGUGGAUUGCGGCGAAAUUCCCGAAGGGGAGGACGAUGGCGUUGUUAACUUCUUUAAGGAUGGUGACACCUAUCCUGAUUGGCCCAUGGAUCUUGAUGUCAAACCCGAUGAACUUUCUUGGUGGAUGAGUGCUGUCGACGCCAUCAAAGCCCUCGGAAAUGAACAGUAUAAGAAGCAAGAUUAUAAGAUGGCUCUCAGAAAGUAUCGCAAAGCGUUGCGCUAUUUGGAUGUUUGUUGGGAGAAGGACGACAUUGACCAAGAGAAGAGUGCUGCUUUGAGGAAGACGAAAUCUCAAAUCUUUACCAACAGUUCUGCUUGUAAAUUGAAAUUAGGCGAUCUACAAGGAGCCUUACUGGAUUCAGACUUUGCAAUGCAUGAUGGAGAUAAUGCAAAAGCUCUGUUUCGCAAAGGCCAGGCAUAUAUGUUUCUCAACGACCUAGAUUCUGCUGUUGAAAGCUUCAAGAAAGCAUUGGAGUUGGAGCCGAAUGAUGGAGGGAUUAAAAAAGAGUAUGCCACUGCCAGGAGGAAGGUUGCUGAUAGACGUGAUCAAGAGAAAAAAGCUUAUUCUAAAAUGUUCAAAUAGAGCUCUUGCAGUAAUGGUGCUUGUGGCUGAAAAGUCAGAUAUUUGUGGGGGCCAUGUCAAUUACAUACAUAGUCAACAAUGUCUGAUUUUUCUUGGUCAAAAUAUCAGAUAUAGUGUAUGUUUUUGAAUUUAUGCUUUCUAGAUUGUGAAGUUGUGAUAGAGCUAUUCAUAUCAUCAUACUUUUUUCUCCUGUCAAACUCUUUGAGCAUCAACCGUUAACCGGUGAUUUUUUGUAAAAGAGAUAGGCAGAUUGAGACAUAUCAUGGAAUGAGACUUCACAACUCGUUUGUCUUGUUUUUCUUUGCUU